UUAUUGUUAGCGCCACAGGCAAGUGUAGAUUAAUAAUGGCGACAAAAUCAACUGCGAUGUUAGAACGUCUUGAUAAAAGGGGCAUUCCCAAGUCGAAAAGAAAACUCCAGAAGCAUCUACGCAGUGCAGGAUUAGCCUACAUAUCCCGUACGGGUAAAUUGAUACCAGCCAAAAAGGUGGCAGAAGAAUUAUGUCAAUGUCCUCACAAAUGUGAUUCCAAUGUGCCUAUGGAGGCGCGUCAGCACCUCUUCAAUCAUUUUUACGGUCUCGGCGAAGCCGAUUUACAAAAUAAAUUUUUACGACAACAUAUGGACCUUCGAGCCAGAUUGAAUAUACCGGAAACGUCGACGUCGGGACGACCACCUCGCCGUAUAACCUGCAAGUAUUUGGUACCUCUACUACCUUCCGCGGAAACUGUCGAAGUAUGUCAAAAAGCUUUCGUAAGCGCCUUCGUUAUUACCACAAAGAGAGUUAGAUUACAAAGGGAAAAACUCAUAGCUAGUCUAGGUUUGAACAGUUACAGCAGUCACAAUAGAAGUAAGAACAAUAAUAAUACGACGAUGAAGAACAACAAUAAAUCCCAAUCUGACAUACCUUCGCAAUCGACUGAUUGCGAUUUAUUUAACUACCUCCCGUUACCUUUAAAAUUGAUGAAGUUACCAUCGACCACUGCCGCCGCCGACGAGGGAACCGACGGCGGGGGAAACACCGUCACCGCAAAAGUGCCUUUACGCGUCAAAUCUAACAGAAAACAACUUAUCGAUAAUCCCCUUAUACCGUUCGGUAUAUUAGUACCGGAUGGGGUAACUAUCGCUCCGGUUAUCGCUACCCCGGAUCACGAUAGGGAUAUAGCGAUUGUACAUAAUUUCUUUUCUAAUCAAUUGUGGAAACCCGAAUAUAUCGGGGCUUAUUCGUGAGAUGGUGUUCGGUUGGUAAGUUGAGAUGAUGUUGUCCUGCCCGUUCGUACUUAGUUAAUCAAAAAAAAAAAAAUUAUAUAUAUAUAUAUAUAUAUUACAUAUUACGAUCAAUAAUUUUUACAAGAAAAAAAAAUUUAUGUCUUGUUAUUUAUAUUCAUAGUUUAUUUUAUAGUUACUAAUUAUUUGUUUGACAGGUUAAUCGAUGUGAUAGUUCAAUGUUUCAUAAAUACUAUUAUUGCCACGGCCUUCGGCCAUUUUGUAUAUUUAAAAAAAACGUCUAGUUCCUAUCUCCACAGAUGGUUAUAGUAAUAAUUUUUGUAACCGGCGCGGUUCGGAUCGUGUGAUCGUAGUUUUAGUUAUAACUUACUUUUUUAUUGAUUUUUUUUGAGUUUUUUGAUUCACUGGAAUUUGCGUUAGUAUCUUCUUCUUUUUUUAUUUACCUACCGUAUUUUUGGUCGAAAAAAAUAAUAAAUUAUUGACAAAUUUUUUCGACGUAUUUAAGGGAAAAUUGAUAUCUAUGUUUGAAAAUUCAAAUUUCGAUAAGUUUUUAAACUAUAAUGCUUUUUCAAUUAUCCAAAAAGUUGAGAUUUUUUAUAAACAUUUUCGAUAUGUUUUUUUCCGUUUUGUUCAUUUUUUUUACGCAAAAACCAGAAUUUUUAACCCUUUUUUGAUCGAUAGAAAAAAAAAUAAAAAUUGAAUUAUUAGGAUGAUAACCAGUUAACAAAUUUUUUUACUCUGAAUAAAUCAUUGUUAAAUUUACUUAAAGUUACAAAAAAAACACGAAAAAGAAAUCUUAUUUAACCUAAUAUAAAAUAUAAUUUUUUUUCAUUUUUUAUGAUCAAAAAUCCUAUUUCCAAACAGUCAUGUUUUUUUUAUAAUUUUUUACGUAUAUAAUUAUUUGGAAAAAGUGAAUUUUGUUCGCUUGUAUUCUUCAUACAGUUUAACUUUAUUUUUCUAAAAAAAUAUAUAUGAAACGUCAAUGAUUUCGAAAUAUUUGGAAAUUAUUGUUGAAUUUUAUAUAAUAAUCUAUUGGGAUUAACAAAAAUCCCAAUUUGUCUCAAUUAUAUCGUUUUUUUUUAUCAAUUAUCAUAUUUUUCACUAUUUUUACUUCGGAAUUGUCCGUUUUGAUGGAUAUUUUGAGUAAAGCUUUAUUGAAAAAUAUCCAGUUCCAAACAACUCAUUUAUGUCUAUACACCCCAUUUUUCCCAUAAAUCAUCACAAUAUCUUCAAAACAUUUUCAACUUUCUUUAAAAAAAAAGAUAAUUCAAAUCAAAUUUAUUGAUUAUUUACCAUUUUUUACUUUGGAAUCAUUAUUUUUUAAAUGCCAUUUUACAUAAAAUUUUCUCGAAAUUAUUUAUUUUCCAAACAACUCAUUUAUAUCUAUACACCCUGUAAAUAAUGUUCCCUGUUGACUUCUUAUUAUUUGUCAUUUUUUUCCCAUAAAUCAUCACAAUCUCUUCAAGACAUUUUCAAUUUUCUAAAAAAAAGAUAAUAUCGUAAAAAGUGUUAUUUGGUACAUGAGUUCUUUAUUUUUAACCCUAAAUUUCAACAAUUUUUCCUUGUGAAAUGGGAAAUAUCCUUAAUAUAUCGUAUAAAAAUGAAGGAAUUUACGAACGAUUGAAUUUACUUUGUAUCGUUAACUUACAUUAACACUUUUUACUUUGUUUCUCAUGGCGUCAUUAUUUAUUUAUAAAAAAGCGUCAUUUGGUUCAUUAUUCUAAAAUCUCGUUUUUUUGUUAAACACUAUCACACGAUUCGUUUAAAAUCAAUGGCUGUUGUGAUGUCUAUCGCCAAAUGAACCCAAGGCAGUAAUAAGUAUAUUUUUAAGGCAAUUACCAAAGCGUGAACAAUUUUUUAAAGAUGAAAUCAAAAAAAUUGUAAAUUCUACGGAAAAAAAAAAUUUUUUUGAUUAAUGAAUUACACUGUAUGGAAUUAUCCCAGAAAUAACGUAAUUUUACGUUACUAGUCUUGUUUUAUUUAUAGAAAAAAAACGGUGGUGCUUAAUGGAAGAUUAAAUCUUCCUGGAUCUAGUCUCCUGUUUAAAAAAAAUACACUGCCCAGAAAAAAUAACGCACCCACUUCAAUAUUUUGAACAAUAUUUUCAUAUCUCAAUUAAGUACAUUCUAAUUCAAUGAUAUUAACAACAUUUGGUAUAGAAAAAUCUCAUUUUUUGGAGUUCUUUGUUGAGUUACCAAAUUUUCUGUUUUUUUCCCUUACUUUCUUUUGAAUUUUUCAAAAAAGUGCCAUUUGGUACAUAAGUUUUCAAUUGACUUUAACAUUUUUUAUAAGUAGCUUGUUUUUCAAUAUUUCUAAUUUAAGGUAAUCCCCAAAAAAGCAUCAUUUGGUAUAUCAAUCCAACAUUCUUAUAUUUGUGCUUCGUUCUUUACGACAUUUGGUACAGAAAAAUCUCAUUUUCAGAGUUCUUUGUUGAUUUAUCUAAUUUUUUCGCUUCCUUUCUUUUGAAAUAUCCAUAAAAGUGCCAUUUGGUACAUAAGUUUUCAAACUACAAGUUAAUUUACUUCAAAAUUUUCAAUCUUUUCUACUUUCUUCUUCAAGGUAUUCUUCAAACAAACGAUAUUUGGUACAUGACACUUUCGUUGUUUUAAAAUCAUUUUUCGUUUAUUCAUUUUCUAGUAUAUAAAUCCAACAUUUCUAUAUACCUGCUUCGUUCUUUACUACGACAUUGUGAGAAAACGAUAUUUGGUACAAAAUAACCUCAUGCUUUCGAGUUUUUUGUUUAGUUACCUAAUAUUGAGAUUUUUUCGCUUUCUUACUUCUGAAAUUUUCAUAAAAGUACCAUUUGGUACAUAACUUUUCAGUUUAUAACUUAAUUUUUUUCAAUAUAUUGUAUUUUUGAUUUAGUGCAUUUCCAAAAGCAGGCAUUUGGUACAUGAUAUUUUUGUUAUUUGAUUUCCUUGUAUAAUCAGGAAAAAUUUGCGUUUUUACUCUGCUUUUCAUGAAAAUCGAAGAAAAACUUUCAGACAAGAUUUUUCCCUUUAUCUUCUAUUUGAAAUUGUCAAAAAGAUGCCUUUUAGUACAUAACUUUUCAAUUUAGUUAUCUUUUCAACAUUUCUGCUUUCUUCUUUAGUACAUAUCCAAAAAAACGACAUUUGGUACAUGACACCUUCGUUAUUUCGCAUUUUAUGGUUUAUCAUAGGAUUCUAAGAAAAACGUCGUUUGGUACAUAAUUGUUUUUCGAAUUUCAGAAAUAAUUUAGUGGUGGGUUAUUUUUAAUGGCCAAUAUAUAUGAAAAUCUGUUUGGAAAGUUAAGUAAUCAAAUCGAAAUCAAUUUAAUUAUUAUUUAACUCAAUUUCCAAAUGGAAUGUAAAUAUUAUUAUCACAAAACACAUUCCUUCUUAUAUAUAUGUAUGAUAUUUAUUUUUCUUUUCACGCUUUGGUAGGUACCAAUCGCAUUAAACAAUUUUUAUAUAUAUAUAUUUAAAAAAAUAUGGAUAUAAUAUUUUAUCAAAGUUAGCAUAGUUUUGAAACAAAUUCUUAAUAACACGUUAACGUUAUAGUGCCUUAAAAAACCUUAGAACAUCAAAUUUACUUCUUAUUUUAAUUACCACAACUAUUUCGUGACAAUCUUCCAAGGUCGUGAUAAAAUACUUAAGCAAAGUUUACUUAAAUCGAAAAUUACGUAUUUCCAAUAUCGAUAAAAUCAGAAAUAUAUGGAUGCAUUUUUUUUACCUCGGCGUUAGAUUUUUAUUGAAAAAUUUAGGUCUGUGAAGACGAUGAUUUAGUUCCAAACGCAUUUCUGACUAUGCAGUAAUAAAAAAAUAUAUUCAGUGAGAAUAUUUAUAUUAAAAUUUGUCAACCUUGUAAGGUUACCUCAUUUUUAGGCCUUUCCCUUCAAAUUCUUUAAAAGUCGUCGUUUGGUACAUGAGUUUUUUUGUAUUUUUUUCAGUACUUAGUAAUUUGGUAUUUAUCUGCUUUAUUCUUUAAGAAAUCUUAAAAAUGUGUCAUUUGGCACAUUAUUUUUCUAUUUAUAACUUCAUUUUCUACUUUUUUUGUAUAAUUAACUAAAAACCUCAUUAUCUGGUUCAUUCUUCUGGAAAUUUCCGUAAAAGUGUUAUUUGGUACAUAAGUUGUUCAUUUAUAAAUUGAAUAUUUUCGGUAUCUGCAUUUUCCUGCUAUUUUCUUCACGAAAUCUUAAAGAAAGUGUCAUUUGGUCCAUUAUUUUUCUGUCAAUAUCUUCAUUUUAUUCAGUAUUUUGGUGUAGUUAUCUAAUAUUCUCAUUCUCUGUUUUCUUAUUCAACAAAUUUCCAAAAAAGUGACUUGGUACAUAAAUUUUCUGUUGAUUACUCUCAUUUUUUCAAUACCUUGUAUAGUAGGCUCAUUUCUUCUUCAUUCUGUAUGAUAUUUUUUUAAAAAAACGUGAUUUGGUAUAUAAGAACUCAAUUUGUUAAGUUGUUCGUAUAGUUUACUACCAUUCUGAGUUACUUUUUUCACGAAAUCUUCAAAAAAGUAUCAUUUGGAACAUUAUUUCUCUGUUUAUAACUUUAUUUUCUAUAGUCUUUUGGUAUAGUUAACUUAAAUUCUCAUUGUCUGGUUCCUUCUUCAAGAAAUUUCCAAAAAAGUGUCAGUUGGCACAUAAAUUUCUAUGUAUAACUUCAUUUUCCUUAGUAUUUGGUGUAGUUAUUCAAUAUUCUCAUUCUCAACUUGUUCCCAAAAAAGUAAAUUGGUACAUAAAUUUUCUGUUAGUUACGGUUUUUUACUGAACCAGCUCAUUUUUGCUUCUUCUUAACGACAUUUUUUAAAAAAAAGAACGUGAUUUGUUACUUAAAAACCCAGUUUUGGGGGUUUUUCGUGUAGUUUAGUACUUAAUUCACGAAAUCAUAAGAAAAGUAUCAUUUGGUACAUUAUUUCUCUGUUAAUUACUUCAUAUUCUAUAGUUUUUUGGUAUAGUUAGCUAACUUUUCUACAUUUCCGCUUCCUCAAAUCUCAAAAAAGUGUCAUUUGGUACACAAGUUUUCAGUUCAUAACUAAUAUAUUGUAUGGGUAGCUAACAAUCGAGAAUUUCUUUUUCGUUAUUUGCUUGUAUAAUCAACGAACAUUCGUUUUUUUUUUUCAUAAAUUUUUUAUAAAAACGUCGUUUUUAUAAAAAUUUACUUCAAUAUUUUGUAUGACUACCCAAUUUUUGAUCAUUAGUUCAUAUAGUUACCUAACUUUUGCAUAUUUCUUUUUUACGACAUAAUUCUAAAAGAAAACAUCAUUUGGUUCAUAAGUUUUCUGUCUAUAACUAAAUAUCUUUAACGUCUUGUAUAGUUGAGUAAUUCCCCAUUUACUUGCUUACUUCUUCGCGAUACUUUCAAAAUAGCCUCAUUUGGUACAUAAGUUUAUAACCAUUAUGAUAUCUUCCAUAUAUUUCCACUCUUUUUGUUUGGAAAUACUUAACUGGAAGAAUCGUACUUAUCUUGUCUAUAAACGAUUAAAAUUAUCAACGAAAUUGUUAUUAAUAAUUUCAUUUGAAGCCAGGGGAAGUUAUUGUCAACUUUAAAAUAAUUUUUCGGUAUUUAGAUCGUGGAGAUGGUUCGUUAAUUAGGAAAGGGUAACAGGGUUUAUUACGAAAAGUGAUGUCUUAAAUUUUUUAUUAACUAACCAAAAAUUGCACUUAACAUAAAACAGUAGUGAAAAAAUUUAUGCGAAAAUAUUGAAUAUACAAUAAAUAAAAAAGGUACUGUUAAAAUUCGACUUUUUUGAAAUUAUUUCGAAACCAAAAAUGAAAUAUCGAAUAAAACGCUUUAGAGUUUAAAAAAAAUAACAAAAAAAUUCAAUUUCAUUAAAAAUAAUUAUUCAUAUAUCAAUAUAUGGUUUGUUCCUGACAAAGCACGUCUAUUUUUGAGAUAAUUUUUCAAGCUUCUGAGUCCUUUUUCCACCGUGUGUAAACCACAUCACGCUCAGAUCGAUGUAUAGAGCUAAAUAUGGGAUGUAUUCCCUUGAUCGUAGAAAAAAAUAUAGUGCACAACACUAGAUAUUUCCAAAUUAGUACCUAAUACUUGAUGCUUUUAAACAAAUUACUUUAUAUUGUUGAAAAAUAUCAAUUUUCUAUAUGCAGUCUAUUUUUUGAAAUCAUUAUUCAGGAUAUUCCCAAAAUACGUCGUUUGGUACAUAAGUUUUCUGUUCACGAUUUCGUCAGUACUUUUUAUAUUUGCCCAAUAUUGCACUUAAGAAAGUGUCGUUCUGUAUAUAAUCCCUUUUGAUAACUUCAUUUUUUAUAAUACCUAAAAAUAUUUAUGAAAUUUUUCCUUUUUUAUUAAAUCUAAAAAAACGCCAUUUGGUAUAUAAGUUGUUUAUUUAGGAAUCUAUUUUCUUCAAUACCUUAUAUAGUUCGCAAAUAUUGGCACGUUUCUCUCAUAAUUUUAAGAAAGUGUCAAUUGGUACAUAAUUUAUAUAUUAAUAACUUCAUUUUCUUCUUUUUUUUGCUUACUUAUUCAUGAAAUCUUUCAAAAAGAGUAAUUUGGUACGUAACUUUUCUAUAACUUGCUUUAGAAUUAAAUAUUUACGAAAAUUAGGAAAAACUUGUCACCCAAUUUUUUUGGUAUUUAUUUUGAAAACUUCUCACAAAGGGAUUGCUACAUAUUGCUAGAAAAUGUAUUGUAGUCCAAAAAUCUUUAAAAAAACGUCAUUUGGUACAUAUUUUUUCGAAGAUUUUCUUCAUUUCUUUCAAUUACUUAUUUUUUGUUUCUUUCUUCGUGAAAUCUCUCAAAAAAGUAUCAUUUGGUACAUAACUUUUCUAUUCAUAACUUCAUUAUCUUCAAUAUAUUGCUGUAUAGUUGAAUCACUAAGUAAACUGGAAAAAACUGGUACUUACCUAAUUUUUUUUUAAUUCUCACAAAGGUAUUGACAAAUAUUGCUACACAAUGUAUUGUAGUCAAACUUAUCAACCUUGUAUAUACAACCUAGUUUUGCGACUCAUUAUUCAUAACGUUCUCAAAAAAACGUCAUUUGGUAUAUAAGUUAUUUACUUAGAAAAUUAUUUUCUUCAAUACCAUGUAGUUAGCAAACAUUCGCACUUUUCUUUACCAAAUCUUUAAAAAAAUGUCAUUUGAUACAUAAUUUUUCAAUUAUUAUUUUCAUUUCUAGGUAACUUUCUAUUUUUUGCUUCCUUCCUUCUUCUCUCAAUAAGUGUCGUUUGGUACAUAACUUUUCUAUUUCUAACUUGUUUUGUUGAAUAUUUAUGCAAAUUAGGUAAAACUGCUAUUUACCCAAAUUUUGUGUAUAUUUAUUUCAAAAAAUGUUUACAAGGGAAUUGCUAUAUAUUGGGGGAAGGUUUAUUGUGUAUAAAAUAGUAGAAAUUGACGUUUUCUUUUGCGUAUUAAUUAAAAAAUUACUUUUUUUAUUUUUUGUAAUGUUUGAGCUUGAAUCUUUUUAGACUUACUUGGUGUUGGGUUCCCGCAUAUGGUACGGACCAAAAUAGAAGUGUCCUUAAUAUUUAACACGACCAAUUUAAGUGUUUUUCCUUGAAUAUAUAUAUUUUGGUACAGGUCAAUUAGCUUAGGAAAAAAAUUACUUUUCUUAUUACCCUCGUAAUGUAAUCUGUAAUAAAUAAAUUUUACAUCGAGUUAUUUUACAUAGUUUACCUUAUAAAAAAUUACCAUUAUUUUCGUUUUUGUACAGUUUUUUUUUUGUUUUUCAAAUUUUUUUUGUUUUUGUGCAUACAGUAUUUUGUAAAUUCUAUAUUUUUAAAUAAUUUAUCUUUUUGUUAGAUGGUUAGUUUACCAAAGAACGCAUUUGUUUGUUAGUGGACCAUUUCAAUUGAAACAUCCUUAUUUACAUCGAUUUUUUUAAAAAAAUUAAUUCAAGAUACAAAAUGGUUAAAAAAAUGAUUGUUCAUCUAAAAUUUGAAAAAAAAACAAAUUUUUAAAAUUAAUCCGUACUUAAAACUCCAGUGUGGUUUUUUCAUUGAAAUGGAUCACACUGUAUAAUAAAAAAAAUUUUUAUUAGAUAAUUUAAUAACAAUAAAAAAAUUAUUUAAACACAUAAAGGAUAUUUGUUCAUAAUUUGGACAAAGUUAUUAAUAGAAAAAAAAAUAUAUUUUUCGAUUUGAAUUAAUUAAGGACCUCGUAGGAUCUUUAAGAAAAGGAUAAUUUAGAAAAUUUCGCCGUUAUCAAUUGGAAAUAUUAGAAAAUGUGCCAAAAAGAAGCCCAAAGAAGAAAUUUUCUCUAAUUCCAAACUUUUUAUUUCAAAUUCAUUGGAUAAUAUGGAAAACGAAGAAAAUAUCACUGAAAUGAAUUUAAAAAAUUGAAAUUGAAAAACUUCGUCUCCGAAUCAAAGUUGUUUAUUCUUAUAUACAAGGGUAGUGCAAUAUUUUCAAGUCUCUAGUUCUUGUAAAACUUUCUGCGUCCACUUGGUACAAAAAAAUAUCCAGUAAUAAGUAUUUGAUGUUUUUAUACAGAUUCUUGAUGUUUUUGAUGAAUUUUGGAGAAAAUUUUUGGUAUUUUUGAAAAUCUACUAUUCUUGAACGUACUUGCUUCAUAUGCAAUAGAAAAUGCUUCGUAUAUUUUGAUUUCACUUCGAUUGGAAAAAAAUUCACUUCCAAAAGCUUUACGGUGGAAAAUUUUCUUGGAAAUAGAUCAGAAACGGUAAUUGUGGAUCAUAUGAGCAAAAUAAUAUCCUUUUUCAUUGAAAGAUCCAUGAAUUUGGAUCAGAUGUCUUUUUUGGCUCAGGAAGGAUGAUUCUAGAGGAUAUUCAACUGUUUUUGAAACAAUAAAAGAUCAUUGUGGAUCAUAUCAGCGAAAUAAUAUCCUUUUUCACUGGAAAAUCCUUGCAAUUCACUUAAAAAAAUGUUUGAAACAAAAAAAGAUGAUUUUGAAAUUGGAAAUAUCCUUGAACUGUUUUAAUUUUUUUAGAAAAUUGAAUAGGGUGAAGGUUGCAGUAUAUAUUUUCGUUGUAGGGGUUUAAUUUUAAUCUCAAAAUGUAUUUUUAUUUGGAAAUACGAAUUAUUUUGUGUUUAACCCUUUUGCUUAUACAUUCGCACUUAACCUCAAUUUGAAAAUAAUUUUUAUUAGCAACAUUCUACCAACAAAUCUUGUAUUUCUUUAUUUUUACCGUUAUUAUUUGUUAGUAUAUUCAUGUUUUCAAAUUGUACCUUACAUUUAUGAAAUAAGUGGUUGUUUUCAAUAAAAACUGUUUUUUUUUAA